UGCUGACGUCACUGCGGGGCGGUGCAUCAAGAUGGCGGCCGGGACAGCGACGGUCUUCCGCUGUCAGCUGUGCCGCCGCAGCGCCUUCGACGGGCGCCGGAGCCACCUGUACAGCGCGGGGCACCGGCGGCGGCUGCGCGCUGUCCUGGGCCGGCUGGGCGAGAAGGUGGCGGCGGCGCGGGCGGCGGCGCGGCGGGCGGAGGUGCUGCCCUUCCAGGCGGGCGAACACGAGCGGCGCGUCUGGUGCCCCUGCUGCGCGCGCGAGGUCCCGAGCCACCUGGGCCGCGGCGCGCGGACGGUGCUGCACGGCGGCCUCCUGCAACACCUGGCCAGCCCGGAGCAUGGGAGAGCCGUGGCCGCCUUCUGGAGGAAGAACAGGGCCGACCCCAAGCUGAAGGCCGACUACCUGCUGUCCGCGGCGGAGUACCGACGCUUCCAAGAAUCUCUUUGCAAAGCCCUGGAUGCUUAUGAAGAGAAGGAAGAUGCAGCCAUUCAGGAGGCUGCAGCUCACAUCCGAGACAUGGAACAGAAGAGACGAGAGAUGGUACAGGCCAUCUUAGAGCCACAGAGAGCGGACAUGCUAGGUGAUGGAACCACUGCUGUCUACACCUUUACAGGGAAUUUAAGUGAUUCUCCUUUUGCUAUGGAAGAGCAGGAGCAGCCUGGGCCAAGCUGGAGCACCACUUUUCUUCGAGAAGAGCGUAUUUGUACCAGCAACACUAUGCCUGAGCUACACUACCCAGAAACAGGGCAGGCCUUAACUUUCAUUGGCCACCAGGAAACAGGUGGGGAGGGCAACAUUCACACAGGAGCAAAACCUCCCUGGCUGAUGAAUGACGAGAAGGAAGGUGAAAGGCAGAUUGGACCUUCCUAUGAGGAAUUCCUUAAGGAAAAACAGAAGCAGAAACUGAAGCAGCUCCCGCCGAACCGGGUUGGGGCCAACUUUGACCACUCAUCUCAGACAGGAGAUGGUUGGCUCCCCUCCUUUGGGCGUGUUUGGAAUCAUGGUAGAAGAUGGCAAUCCAGACAUCAGUUCAAAGCUGAAUCUGGAAAUAAGCAACCUGGGUCCAAGAGGAAAAGGCCUCAAACCAGCUAAAAGGUCUGCAUCCCCAAGGCAGCUUGGCAGAAUUCAAAGCACAUUAAUCAAAAGAAGCCCAGCGGCUAUUGUGGAAGACUUCUGCUGUGGUGGCUUCUGUGAAAUGAACUCUGUUCCUGUAGCAUUAAGCAUGUAAUUGUAAUUUUAUUCAAUUACACUUAUUGUAAGAAAACUGUUAUAAUUA